UGGAAAUCGUCAGUCAACAACAGCUCACGCCGCAGUGCGAACUAACUGCAAGGGGCACAUCGUCCACUCUUAUCGUGUUAUAUACCCAUAAAAUAAUAUAUUAUCGUUAAUCGCGCACACUGGUAUCGUCUAGACGAACCGAAUCUAAUCGUUCAAGAUGAAAAUACACGUUUUGAUCGGUCUGGCAUGUUUGGUGGCCAUGGCCACGUGCUCGGAGGACGCGUCUACCGAACAGACGCAGAAGGUGCAACAGGACCAACAGCCGGCAGAGGACCACCAGUCCAUCAAACGCGACGCAGUCGAAGACUACAGCGCGGAUGAGUCGUACGCCUCGUCAGCCGUCGCCGGCGGCGAAGCAUACCAGCCCGCUGCCCCUGCCGAAGCAUACGCACCGGUCGCUCACACCGCCGAAGCAUACGCACCGUCCGCCGUCGAAGCGUACGCGCCGUCCGCCGCUGAAGGUUACGCGCAUUCCGCCGGCGCCGAAGCGUACGGUCCGUCUGCAUACGCCGCCGCUCCAGCCGCUUAUGCCGCCCCCACAGCUUACGCCGCCGCCGCCGCACCGGUAGGCAUCGCCACUGCACCUGCCGCCUACGGAUACGGACCGUCCGCAUAUCCAGCAGUUUCCGGAUACGCCCCAACUUACGGACCUGAACACGUUAUCUCGCAACACGUUGAGAUCAAUCGCGCCAUACCCGUUCCAGUGUACAGGACGAUCGCGGUCGGCGUACCUCAACCGGUGGCCGUGCGUGUGCCAUACCCCGUGCCGGUCAUCAAGACGGUCGCUUACCCAGUCGAGAAACCCGUGCCGUACCCGGUAGACAAGCCGUACCCAGUGCACAUCGAAAAGAAAGUCCCGGUGCCCGUCGACAGACCGUACCCCGUGCCCGUGUACAAGAUCAAGCACAUCUACCACGAGCCCAAGUGGGCCAAAUGGCUCAGUGGCUGGUAAAAACCGUAUAUAAGAACGCCAUACAAUAUAAUAUUAUGUAAGUCGUAAUACACAUUAUGUGGUCGAGUUGUGUUUAGGUUUUAUACUUACCUAACCUGACCUAUAACCCAAUCGACUUAACUAUUUUUAAAUGUAUACCAAAACCUGUCUAUAGCUGUAUAUCAACGACACGCACCGUCAAUCGGACGGUCAACGAUGCAACGGUAUACGGUUUAUUUUUCAACCGUUGUUUAUUUUUUGUUUUAGAUAAUACGACGUGACUUACAAACACAUUUUUUUUUUUAAGUAUUUACGCGUUUAUAUAUAAAUGUUAAUAAAUUAUGUAAGCACAGAAGUGUUACGGUACUGAUGAUAAUUGGACUGAUCGUUCACGUUAACCCAGUGUGUAUUUACAUGAUUUUAUUAUUUUUUUAAUUUUAAUUUUACUUUAUUUUUAUUUUGUACUAUAACUUUGUUAACUAGUAUGUAUUUUAUCAACAUCAAUAAUCAAUUAUAAGAACAAAAAAUAAAACACGAUUA